GUUUUCUGUGGUGUCAACAUUUGAUUGUAGGUGGACAGCAGUUAAAAAUAAAAAUAAUUAAAAAUGAAUAAAAUUAUUAUAGCAUUAUGCUUGGUCACCGUUUGUUAUCAAUCAGUAAAUGCUAAUGAUAUCUCAGCAGUAGAUCUUAUCGGCGAUAUAUACAGAAGCUGUGUUAGUCAAUACUCAACAAGCUGUAUAACCCCAAAAGCAUUAUCAUGGUUAAGCAGAGCUAUAAAUCAAGAUACGAUAAAGAUUACUGAUGAUAUGACAAUUGUACGUACCGGAGAAGAUGCUUUUGACACUGCAGAAACUCGCACAGAUGUACAUCCAAUCGUUAAUUUAUUAGACAAAACAGAUAGCUUCUUAUCAUCACAUGCUUUGAGAAUUGAAUCCCCAGAGAUCCUCAAGACAGAGGAAGCUCGCUCAUACAUCCCGAAAUCAUUACUCAAAGGAGGACUCGCUGACGGUCUUCAAAUUCCUUUGGUUGAAGGAAAUGUUGCUGAAGGCCGCUCAUUUGUGAAGAGAGUGAUGAUCCCAUUCAUUCUUGGUUUGAAGUUCAAAACAACAGUAUUAGUGCCGCUAGCGUUAGCACUGAUUGCAUUGAAGACAUGGAAGGCAAUGACCUUAGGAUUACUUUCCCUCGUCAUGACAGCCGCGAUGGUCAUCUUUAAGUUCGCUAAGCCAAAAAUCGUAAACUAUGAAGUCGUUCAUUAUCCACAUCCAAUUGAGCACCAUCAUGUCCCACAUGUUCAUGCACAUGCUCAUGCUCAUCCACCACAUGUAGUUUUAGAACCAACACCUGCCUGGGCUAGAAAUUUUGAUGCUCAAGAAGCCGCUUACAAUGCAUACUUGUAGAUUUGGAAUCAAAUUAGACCGACUUGUUACAAUUUAUUUAUUUAUUUAUGGAUGAAUGUCUCUCUUUUUGAUAUAAU